AUGUCGUAUCCCGACGUCCGGCUACUCAUGUGUGGACCAUCGUACGACACCAAAUCAGACUUCAGCUAUCCUUAUAAGCGACAUUCAGUCCACUCCAUGCAAUCACUCCCUUCGCUAGCAAUGGAUGAUCCUCGAGAACUCAGCAGCUUCUACGGCCGGCCAGCCUCCCACAUUUCCUCUUCUCAUUACCCUAUGGGUUCAGGUCACGAGGGAGACAGUUACUCCAACGCGCAGUAUACACCUCGGGGACCGGAAGUACCCCAGCAUUCCCUCUACGCGCCGCAGUCAUUCUACGACUACGACCUUCGUCAACCCCACCACCAGAACGGCUGGGGAGGCGUCGACCCCCACACCAUAGCAUCAGAUUCGCCUUUGACCUAUGGGACGCUUGGCGGCUCGUCAUUUCCUGAGGCACCUCGCCUCACCCCGCCUCCUGCACCAGCAAUAACGAACAACCAACGGCUAACCUUGGCGGGAUCGUUGGACCCUACUACCGGAAUCUUUUACCGAACCCCAGAGCACCCACGGCUUCGCACUGCCCAGGCGUGUGAGAAGUGUCGUACCCGAAAAGCCAAAUGUAGCGGGGAGCAUCCCGCGUGCCAGCGCUGCAUCACUAGAGGUCUGGUCUGCGAGUACGCCAAGGAGGGUAGAGUUCGUGGACCCAAUAGGGUUAAAUCGAAGCCUAGCGUUUCGUCCGUGUCUGACUCACGCCGCGCGUCGCUAGCAGCAGAAGAUUCGGGCCGCAAAAGUGAAUCGUCCAGUGGCGCGCCAUCUGCGCCGUCUUCAUCCCCCGAGAAGAGUUCACUGCAGCAGUCGCCUCCCUCGAACGUCACUAUUCCAGCCGAGAGGAUCAAAUCUUCGCGACCAAAGCCGCCUCACUUACGUUUAGACACCGAGUCGAACCAUUUCCAACGGGAGAUUGCAGCCGAGCAAGCGUCCUUGGUACAGGCGGAGGUCUUGCAUCGAGAGAGGAGCAAUUCUCAACCAUUCGCAGUCUUUGACGAACAUGGCAAUCACGCUCCUGUAUACUGGCCGCAAGAACAUGGUGUUGACCACGACAUCGCCGUGGGAGGCAGCCAUUUGCAGACGAACACACCACCCCGUGAUGGCGAGGUUGAGGUAGGGCAGAUGAACUACCUGCUACAGCAACCUUUCCACCCGGCGAUGCUCGAGCUUCACCACCCAGUAGCGACCAUCCCAGCGCAGUUGAACAUGGAGCACGGCCAAUACCAGCACACACAGAACUCUAUAAGCUCCUUAACGUACAGCGCAGCGUCGGCAAGCAGUGUUUCAUCGCCAGUAACGCCCAGUUCCGCAACAUACACCGAACGGGACAGCGGGGGGCAAAUGGGGGUUAAUGCAGAAUUUCAAUUUUUCCUGGGUUAUUCGGGCAUCGAAAGACAGCAUCAGCAAGGGUUUGAGUCUGCCUGGAGCGAUCCAGAUCAAAUGCACUCGACUCCCACCGUCGAAGCCUCCCACAAGUUAUCUCUUGCGGCUGAGGGCGCUUGGUCAGAUGGCAUCGACUAUCCAAUGGAGACUUAUCAGCGGGAGCACCUUGAAAUCGACCCUGCAGAAAACAUCGCUCAUCAGCCUCUACACUACUCGCAACAGUAG